CCGCGCGCAUGCGCCGGGCCGGUGCGGUCGGGGCGCCGCGGCUGCAGCAGGAGCGGUGGCGGUGGCGGUGCGCGGGCGGGGAGCGCGCCGGGAGCCAUGGGCAGGGGCGGCGAGGGACGCGGGCGCACACCCGGCGCGGCUGCGGAGCCCGGCCUGAGAGAGCGGGGGCCCUAGGAGCUGAUCCGGCGGCGUCAUCCACAAAAAAAAAAAAAAAAAAAAAAAAUCCAUUAAAAAAAAAAAAAAUCCACUAAAACCACCAAGCCAAAACCUCCCCGCGGGCGGCCGAGCAGCAGCGGCAGCAGCGCCGAGCCCCUCCCGCGGCCGCCCCCGCCGCCGCCGUCCCGCGGCCGCCGCCAGGAGCCCCGGGCCGCGCCGCAGAUGGCCGUGCCGCCCGGCCGGCCGCACGCCCGGCGAUGAACGCGCAGCUGGCGAUGGAGAACAUCGGCGACCUGCACGGGGUGAGCCACGAGCCGGUGCCCGCCGCCGCCGAGCUGCUGAGCGGCAGCCCCCACCACCGCGGCGCCGUGGCCCACCGCGGCGGGCAGCUGGCGGCCCACCCGCGCCCCAUGGGCAUGGCGGCCAUCCUCGACGGCGGCGACUACCACCACCACCACCGGCCGCCCGAGCACGGGCUGAGCGGGCCCCUGCACCCCACCAUGACCAUGGCCUGCGAGACCCCCCCCGGCAUGAGCAUGAGCAGCACCUACACCACGCUGACCCCGCUGCAGCCGCUGCCUCCCAUCUCGACGGUGUCGGACAAGUUCCCGCACCACCACCACCACCACCAUCACCACCACCACCCCCACCAGCGGAUCCCGGGCAACGUGAGCGGCAGCUUCACGCUCAUGCGGGACGAGAGGGGUCUGGCGUCCGUGAACAACCUCUACACCCCCUACCACAAGGAUGUCGCCGGCAUGGGGCAGAGCCUCUCUCCGCUGUCCGGGUCGGGCCUGGGCGGCAUCCACAACUCCCAGCAAGGGCUGCCCCACUACGCGCACCCCGGCGCCGCCAUGCCCGCCGAGAAAAUGCUCACCCCGAACGGCUUCGAAGCCCACCACCCCGCCAUGUUAGCCAGGCACGGCGACCAACACCUCACCCCCACCUCCGCCGGCAUGGUGCCUAUCAACGGGAUCCCGCACCACCCCCAUGCCCACCUGAACGCCCAGAGCCACGGGCAGAUCCUGGGCUCGGCCAGGGAGCAAAACCCUUCUGUAACCGGUUCGCAGGUCAACAGUGGAAGUAAUUCAGGGCAAAUGGAAGAAAUCAAUACCAAAGAAGUAGCUCAGAGGAUCACCACCGAGCUCAAGCGGUACAGCAUCCCCCAGGCUAUCUUCGCCCAGCGGGUGCUGUGCCGCUCUCAAGGGACCCUCUCGGACCUGCUGAGGAACCCCAAGCCCUGGAGCAAGCUCAAAUCCGGCCGGGAGACCUUCCGCAGGAUGUGGAAGUGGCUCCAGGAGCCGGAGUUUCAGCGGAUGUCUGCUCUGCGGCUGGCAGCGUGCAAGAGGAAAGAACAAGAGCACGGGAAGGACAGAGGGAAUACCCCCAAAAAGCCUCGGUUGGUCUUCACAGAUGUCCAGCGUCGAACUCUACAUGCAAUAUUCAAGGAAAAUAAGCGUCCGUCCAAAGAAUUACAAAUCACCAUUUCCCAGCAGCUUGGGUUGGAGCUGAGCACCGUCAGCAACUUUUUCAUGAAUGCACGGAGGAGGAGUCUGGAUAAGUGGCAAGACGAGGGCAGCUCCAAUUCAGGCAACUCAUCUUCUUCAUCAAGCACUUGUACCAAAGCAUGAAGGAAUAACCACGAACUAAACCUCGGUGGAAAAGCUUUAAAAAUAAAUAAAUAAAUAAAUAAAUAAAGACAGACCAGGACCUCAAGAUAGCAGGUUUAUACUUAGAACUAUUUGAAAAAAAAAUGCUAUUUAUAAGUCCAAAGAAACCAAAGACUUAUUUCACCUGCAUUAUGACUUUGUUCUAAGACACACGCUUUAGUAGGAUGACGACUUGCAAAAAAAUAAAACAAAAGAAGACAGCGAAAUGGAAUGAACAAAGUGGAACACAAAGAGAAGAGAAGCAGACCACUGGUCUCACACCUUCGUUCAUGAUCAUCUUCACCGUUCUUGGCUGUUUAGUGGUUUGGAGCAUAGUGAUUUCUUGUCAUUGAAGGGACAUCUUUUCAGAUAUGGCUCUUCAUUUCCACAGCGAUUGCCAUGAAGGUGUGCAGUGUAUCCGUACUGUGUACACGCCGGUGGUUAGGGACUGAGUCAGGGCUGGUCUGCAGAGAGGGUUGUGCCGCGGCGCGACCGGCAAGGCGUGGAGUCGUCUGAAUUCAUUUGAACGGUAGUGUGAUUUUUGCUGUUUCAGUGUUUGAGCUUCCCCGGCAAGAUGCCCGGAAACAAGUUCAAACUAGGCAAAGAAAUUUUGAAUGGUACCUAAACCAGUGCAUUCUCUUUGUUUGUUAAGGAAUGUUCAGAUUUAAAAAAGGAAAACUAUUCCAUCCAUAAAAAAUCGACUAGCUACCAAAGAACACAUUUAAUAAUUAUAUUGCAGGUAUUUUAUUGCAAUGAUUUUAAUAUUCCAAAGCUAUUUUUACACAAAAUACUAUGUAGAGUUAUAGGUAUAAACUAAUCUAACUGUAUAACACAUAAAAACUUGUAAUCAAGACUGUUAUUUGCCAUUAGUAAUACCACACUAUCGUUUCUUUUCACGAUCGGCAAGAAAGAAUGCCAGCAGCGGUGGGGCAGUGGCAGGCAGGGGGCCGGGGGACGGGGGCCACAUCCAUCGCCGGUGCCAGUGGCAGCAGGCGGCCUGUGCUGCCCCACGUGCCGCCCCAGCCCAAAAGAGACAAUACACAAAUGAGAAAAUCUGAGGAAACCUAAAACCGCAGGGCCCUGUGCCUGAUCAAUGCUCAUUGACGUUAGUGAGCUGCUGCUUUUUUUUUUUUUUUCCCUUUAUUUUUUUAACCUAUUGACUUUCCUAGGUGAAGGAAUAGAGAUAGCUUUGAAGGCUCGGGGUCUUUUCCCGUCGAAAACAGCAGUAGGACAGAAGGUGAUGGUGGUGGGAACAGCUCCGACAGGAGCUCCAGGAGUGCGUUUGGAAAGCCAAAUUAUGGUUCCUCUGAAGUCAGUAGCAAAGUCCCCAUGACACCAAGGCACAGCCUGUUGUUCCAUGGCUUCAUAUCUGUGGGCAGCAGUCUGAGCUUUUGUUCUGUGCAUUCUUUCUUGCUCAUCUGUUAAUCAGGAUAAUGCAUGAAAUAGUUUAAAAAUUGUAGUUGAAAAGCUUUUACUGCUCUGUUGCUAACAGAACCUUAGAAGAUAAACCAUCCCAUCCCUACUCCGGAUAAAACUAAAACGUAAAGCAUGCAACAUCUGCAUAUUAAAUUUUAGUGUAAGGGGAAAAUAGACUUUAAAAACCAUACAUGUGCCUGUUAGAUUUCUAACCGGUGUUCCAAAUUGCUGUAGUAAUAUUAUUAGUUAGAAUUCCAAAGUAAUCAAAUAUGCAGGUUAGGCCCAAAGGAUUAGAAAUAGGUAAUCUUACUUACACCCUUUUUUAAAAAAAUAAAAUAAAAUAAAAUAGAGAGAGAGAGAAAAAAAAAUUCAAGGUAAACUAGAAUCCAGACAACAUCAACAAUGCAGGUUUUGGCGAUGAAGCCCGCUCAAAUACUAGCAACACCGAAGUUGAGCACCUUUGUAGCACCAUUGAUUUCCCAAGAUGACAGGGUCUAGUCAAGUUUCAGGGUAUACAGUUAAUUUCCAGUAAGUGUUUAGAAUUUAACUGAAAAAUCUCUUUAUUAAAAUAAAGUCAAAUAAAACCAAGGUUUUGGGCAACAGAUAUUUCUCCCCAUUUUUCUAUGUUACACCCAGUUUAAGAAUGGCAAAGCAAAUAUCUAUUCAAAUGUAAUCUGUGAUGUUUUACUGCCCCUAGCUUACCUUAAAUUUUAGCGAGCUUUCUUUUUAGUGUUCCUUUCCCACCAAGGCAUAAUUGACAAAUAUUAAUAAGCUCACCUAUAAAGUAUCUUAUGAAUGCAGUUUCAUUAGUGUGAGAUUGAUAAAGGACAGUGGUAACUAAUGUUUAAGUUUUUUCCAGCAAAACACUGCUUUGUAACGUACCUAUAGUUUAGAAAAGAAAGCCUUAUUUAUUUAAAACUUGAGAAUUUAAAAAUGCAGGGAAAUUCAAAGUACAUUGACGCAUUUUUUAGUAUUUCCAUUGUAUUGUCUUUAGAGACUACUUGCUGAAACCAAAGAGAACUUUCAUACCAGCAUUAAAUUUGCACCCAAUAUGCAAUUUCAGGAUCUCUGAUACACACCCACCCACACAAGCCCCCGAGUAGAUCUGUGUAUACACACAGGCACACACACUUUUCUGUGGGUGCAUCUGUGUAUACAUGCACACACAUAUAUCCACACACACCAAAACUGAUGCACAAGUUGUAGAUUUUAAGUGCUAGUGUUUUCUUUUGCUUUUACAUGUCCUUUUAAGUAUCUCUAAACAUUUUUAUUUUUUUUUCCUAAGCCAUUAAGAACAAAACCACUCUUCCCCUAAGCAAUAUGCGCCUCAUACUCUAAAUAGACCGAGAACACGCUUUUCUUUAAUUGAGUUCAAACCAUGAAGCAAACAGCUACGGGAAGGCUCCUGCCGUGCCCCGGGCGCGCUGCCCAGCCCCAUGCCCCGGAGCCUGGGCAGAGCGUGCCGAGCAGCCCGGGCCCGCUGCUGAGGCCUCCUGGCUGCCCGCCUUCUCUGGCGCUGCGCUCGACGCCACGCAGAAAGUCCUGUCUCCAUCACUUUAGCAUUAGUCUGCCCGGUCACUUGGGUGAGAUCGGGACUUCAUUCCUGACAAACUGGAAAAUAGUUUCAGAUUCCAAAACCAAAGGACCUCAAAAUCUGCCAGGAACAGUUAGGAGAGGAGCAGAACCCGAAACCGCCUGGGAGCAUCGGGAGGCUGGGCUUCAGUCAUGGGUGGCCCCGCGGGCAUGUUUGGCUCGCAGGGCAGCCCGCGCUGACCGUAACAGCCCCCGGGGAGGCCGGCUGAGCGGUGAAACUUCCACAUCCAUCCCCAUCCUAAAAGGCACCAUUAGCUUUCCAGGGAAAACGAAAGGCUCCCAGCCGGCAGCGCUGCUCGGUUCGGCCCCUCGUGGCUUCCCGGAGGCCUCGUCCUCCUCUCCUUACUCAGGUAAAGCCAGGUGACCAAGAGCAAGGCAGCCAGCGGUGCUGGGCCUCGCCCCGCAUCUGGAGCGAGCUGGCGGUGGUGGCGGCGCUGCCAGGGGUGCCGCUGCCGGGCCCCGCAGCACCGCUGGCCUCCCGCAGCCCUGGGACAGCCCUCCUCGCCCGAGCUGCCACGCCACGCUCGAGCCCUGAGGAACGGUCCUUCUUUCUACUACUCUUCCUCCUGUCCUCCUCCUCUUCCUCCUCCUUUGUACAUAAGGAUGAAAACUAUGCAUUUAGCAAACAAAGAGAAAGCACUUACCCUUUUCUAUCCAGCUGCGUUUGGGUGCAUUCAAAGGUCCAGAGGCUAAUUUUGAGACUUUGCUUAGCCUUCUGGUUUAUUAUUGUGGUGUGGUUAGCUUUACAAUACAUUUGGUAACUAUUUGCUAAAGACAAAGAAGCAAAAGGUAAGGAAUAGCUACUUCCACGUGUUUAAAAAAAAAAAAAAAAAAAAGGAAAAAAAAAAAAGAAAAAAAAAAAGUGUGUAAAGAUCUACUAUUUAUAGUGUGAACCAAAGACGCUACCUCACUCGAUUUCCAUUGGUGAUUUUAAUCACAUUGAUGAUACCAAAGAAUACCAAAGAUUUUUCAUGCACGGCCUCGGUCUGUAAAGGGAACUCCUCCUCCCCACCUCCCUGUCCCUCCCACCCUGUCCUCACCUCCACUCAGUGUGUAGACUUGUCUUCUCCUUAAUAGUAAUGAUGGUAACCUGACGAAUUCUUACUUCUCUUACUACAACUGCUACUACUGACGAUGAUAAGGAUACUAAUAAUAAAGCUCUAGGCAAACAUGUUGCAAACUUUGUAAACUCCUAGGACGAGUGCCUUGCUUGAACCAAAGUGUUAAACCGCUGUUGACCUCUUUAUCUCUCACCUUAUACUCUUUGAAUACCUCAGCCUGUUAGAAAGGCCACUAAUGAAAAAAGGAAUAAUUCUUCACCGUGGUGCUUUUUGCCGUGCAACCAUGCAAUGAAACUUUCUUUGAUACCAAAGGAAAAUGUUUUUUUCCACUUUCUUGCUGACAAACCAAAGGUUCCUUCCUCCUUCCCCUGCAAGCAGCGUGAGUCCCUCAGCCCAGACAGGCCGUGCAUUGCUUUUACCAAUUCCUCCAAAUACCUCAUAGUAAUAAAUCGUUAGGGUUAUGUUGUAUAGAGAGUCUAUGUGAUAAGGCAGAACUUACUAGUUUGAUAAUUGUUAAGGUUACUUAAAAAAAGCUUUAUAAUUCUUAUUUAUUUUGUAGGGGUUGUUUUGUUUGUAUGUUCCUUUUUUAUUGCUGUGGUUGGGUUUGGGUUUCUUCUUUCCUUUUUUUUUUUUUUUUUGUUUUUGGCAGAACUUCUCUGAUAUACUCAAGGAAGAUCUUAUUCCUGGGAAUAUUUCAAAGUGGGUAAAGAUCGCUGUUUGCAAUGAAUGCAAGAAAGGGAAAAAUGGCUUUGAUUUCUAUUGUUUCGGUUUGGAUGCUUUGUGUUUGCUAGUCAAUGUUCUUUUCACAGGGUAAAAAAAAAAAUAUUCUCUGCUGUGAUAAAUGGUUCCUAUUUUUUCUCUAUAAUGUGCUGUGAUUUUUAAUUUAAUUACAUUUUGUAUACGCUUAUUUAAUCACUGCUUUAAUUUAUGACUAUGUAGUUUAAAAACGAAUUGUAUAUAGUAGAUUCAAAAAUGGCCAAAGCUUUAUGUUACAAUCUUUUCAUUCUUGAUGCUGAGAUAAACUGAAGGAGAGUGCUUCUCUUGACUGCAGGGUGUAUCUUCAGACUUGUCUUGGCAUGCACUUCGACGCAUGUUCCAAACACUGCCAGGUUAUCCCCCGGGCCUCCCUUCCCCCAGACUUGUACAUGCCAAAAUGAGUGUUUCAAGGUCGUGCUUUUGUCAUUAGAAAGCAGAAAGGCAUUAUUAGCGCGUUUUUCCUUUAAUUUAUUUGUCUUUUUUAUAGAAAAGGUUCCUUUGCGGGUAAGACCCGCGCAUCCAAAGAAUUUCCAAGUUGUUUGAUGUUUCAAAGCACUGGCAUUUGUGAGAGACUUUGCUGAGUUCUGUUUUCCUUUGCCAUACGCACGGGGAGCGCGAGCAGCGGGCGGGCGCCCCAGGAGAGCGGCUUGGCCGGAGGCUGGUGGCACCGCUCGUGGGAAGGCCACGGCCGGCCCCCGCUGGGCUUUCCCUCCCCGGGGGACAGCCUAGGGUGGCAGGGGGCAGUGGCAGCCCAGCUGGCAGCGCCCACAGGCUGCCACCCUGCCACCCGCGGGUGCCGGGCCCUGCGAGGAGGGGGGAAGGGGGGAAGGGGUCAGGGGUCCAUGAGGUGCCACCAGCCUCCCCAGGACGUGCCCAGGCUCAGGGACCGCGGCAGAGCCGUGGUGCGCGGUGGCAGGUGGAUGGGCAGAAAUGUCCCUGUCCCGCGUGGGGACUGCCACCGCACCCUCCGGUCAGCUCCAGAGGGAAAAAGCAGUUUUGAGUUGAAAAGAAAAAGAGUUCUGACAAUGAUAAUUCUGCAAAGCUGACGGUGGCAUCAUGGCACAGAAAAUAGGAUGCCACUCACCUGUGUUUUAUUUUGCGUAAAUGAUAGAUUCUGUUUCAGCUGAAUGUGGUGUACUGCCAUGGUUUGUGGUGGGUGUAAAUAUUUCCUUUCCAUGCACAGUAGUUCAGCUCCAGGUGUUCGUUGUUUUCGGUUGGGGGAUGUCGGAGGGGUUGCGGGAGGGAAGGACAAGGGCAGGGUUUGAGCUUUCGGUCAGGAGUUACACUUCCUAGAUACGUUUUUAUACUCCAAGCAUUGCAACGGGGCAACAAAGACGCUCUGAAAUGCAGGAUGGCUGGAUGCCCCGUGGGUCAGCACGGGCUAAACGCCUGCUUUCACUGCACCGUGCGGUGAGAGCUGCGCUGCCUGCGGAGGGGGGAGCCCAAGCGCGACCCCCAGCCCCCGCCUUGUCCUCGGGGGGGGCUUCUCCCGGUGCGUGGAGCCGGUCCCGUGCCGCAGACCAGGCGAGCGGCGGCACCGGGCGGCACCGGGCGGCACCGGGCGCUGCUACCCCGCGCCCCCCGCUCGGCCUCCCCGUCCCCUGCCCCCCCCCCGCCAGGUCCCGCCCCCUCCCGCGCAGCUCCGCGCCCCCCCGCGGCCGCCGCCCGCCCGCGCCAGCCGCCGCCGCGCAGGGGGCGCCCGAGACAAUCAGCGGGGGGCGAGGGGCGAGGGGCGGGGGGGGUCCCGCACAGCCCCGGGAGGCGAGGCCCCGCUCCGAGCCCCCUCCGCAGCUCAGCCGCUAGGAAGCAGCCGUGGCUCAGGCGUCGCACCUGCAUUUCACAGCGCUGGCUGCGCCCCGGCGCGGUUGGCCGCUGGGAUCUCCUCAAUCUCUCUCCUAGUCAAGCGCUUCUUCUUCUGUAUUUUUGUGUGUAGCGACAAGUGUGGUGCACUAGGCAUUAUCCUGCUUUGUUUCUGAGUAUCUCCUGUACUGCGUUACGGUUUCCUUCCGUUACUUUUUUUAAGCUUUGCUACUGUUCUCACUUUAUGCCGUGCAAUAUCAUCUGCUGUGUUUGCUAAGCAAAAAAAAAAAGAAAAAAAAAAAAAAAAAAAAAGGAAAAAGAAAAAAAAAAAAGAAAAAA